CGGACAGUAUGGGGGAUCUUCUCGCUCAAUGCGAAGAGUCGCAGAGCACUGAUAUGGCAAAGCCCGUUUUUACGAGGCCAGCAGCUUUCAGACAAUCAAUUCCAGAAGUCAAAUCCGGGAAUUAUCUUGGCGCGACUUCUGAAGCGUUCAUUCAGAAGAAGGGAGAACAAGAUGCAUCUUUUGGUGAUGAAUUUGACGAUGAUGGCUUGGAUAUUGAGGCCAUCGAACAAUCCAUGGUGCAUUCAGGAGCAGAUGCAACAAACGAUGUUUGUCAUUCUUAGUGGGUUUAUAUGUUACAUACUUACUAAGGCCCAUAUAUAGAACGUCAGAAGCCGA